CGGUGCUGUGUGGUUGGUGAAGGCGUGUGCGGCAAAAUUCUCGAUUCUCGAUUCUCCGUUCUCGAUUCUCCGUUCUCCACUCCAAUUUGCUCCAGUCCCCGAGUCCCCAAAAAUCGCGAUAAAACCGAAGACAUUCGUGCGUACAUGCGAUUGUGUUGGUGUCCCAUUGGCGAGAGUGUGUUUGUGUGUUUGCAGUGAAAAGGCAAAUUAUGAAUAAAAUGUAGCGCACAAAAAAAAAAUAGGGGAAAACAAACAAAACUUACCUUGACGAACAGGAAAAACUAAUCUUCCCUUCUCCCCAGUGAAAAUCUCCGAAUUCAUUCUCAUCAGCCAGCAGGAGCUUCCUCUUCUUUUCCCUACUUAGUUUGACAAAUUAAAAUGCAUAAAUUAUGAAUGAAAGUACCGUUGCGUGCGUGACAACCAAUCAUUUGUUAUUAUUAUGCACGUGGGCCAGCAGAAAAAACAAAAACAGUGUGAGAGCGAAAGCUAAACUUGGCUAAAACACCGCCACUAGCCAAAAACACCACCCCCCCCCCUGAAUUCAGACGGUGUGCGAGACCUUCUUUAAAGUUCUGUGCACAAAAAAAGUAGAGCAAAACAAGAAAUAAAUAUAUAGGGGAAAAGGCAUCGUCAGCAGCAGAAAUAGCAGCAAUAACUUGUCUACGAAAACUUUUACUGAUGUUUCAAUUAAAUUCCCUGCGUUAAGGGACGCAAAAAAAUAUAACGAAGCAGGAAACUAAACCGAAAUAGGAAGCAAAACUGGGAAGGCAAAUACAAAUAGUGGCAGGACAUCACAUGUAAAUGUGACUGGCCAUAGAUGUCUCUGUGUGGGCGAACGCUUAAUAGGAAAAGCAAAUAGCAACGAGCUCAUGGAAAAUAAAUAUAAAUAAGCCAGCGACAAGCGACAGGCAAAGAAACAAGAAAAACAAUUGGUUGACGCUUUCCCUCGUUGGCGGUCAAGGAAAAUUUAUUGCAUUUGCACAAAUGAGACAAGAAGAAAACGCAAACGAAGCAAAGGCAAACAUAAAAAAGCGCGAGCAUGGACAAGAAAAAUAACCGAAAAUUCCGUAACAAAUUGAAAAAUUAAAGUUUCAUCAAAAGGAAAACUAACAGGAAAAUAAGCCAAAAAAAAAAAAGGAUUUGCAGCAUGGAUCCUGCAAUAAACAGUCGAUAUUUCAUCGCCUUUGGCAUUCUCGUCGUUCUGCUGCUCCAACUUUGCCGUGAAUCCGCGGAAUGCCUGACAAUGACCGAAAUCAAAAUCCCCAAGCACAUAAUGCGCCAUGAGGACGCCGUACUGGGCUGCAAGUUCGAUCUCGACGGGGAGUCACUGUACUCGGUGAAGUGGUACAAGGAUGGCUUCGAGUUCUAUCGCUAUGUGCCCAGGGACAUGCCCCCGGGUCAGGUCUUUCCCCUGCCCGGAGUAGAUGUGGAGUUGCAAAACUCGACGGACGUGGUUGUUGUCCUGCGCUCAGUUAGCCUUCAGUCAACUGGCCGAUAUCGCUGCGAAGUGUCCGGCGAGGCGCCUUCGUUUCAGACGGUUUCCGGUCACGAGGACAUGAUUGUUGUGGUGACUCCAAAGCACGGACCACAAAUCACGGGCGGACAGCCGCGGUAUCAAAUUGGCGACAUGGUGCGCGUCAAUUGCACCUCGGCGGCUUCCAGGCCGGUCUGCCAUCUCAGCUGGCUGAUUAACGGGAUGCACGCGAACCGCUCGCUGCUGCGACCCUAUGAACCCCUGAUUGUGGGCCGCGAGGGGCUGGAGGUCGCCCGACUGGGCCUGGAGUUCCGGGUGCGCGGAUGACAUUUCAAGCACGGCGACAUGAAGCUGAAGUGUGUCGCCAAAAUCUCCUCCGUGUACUGGCAGAGCAACGAGGAAAGCGUGGAGAGCGACAAGCACCAGAGGAUUCCGGUGCUGGAGUCGCGGGAGACGGUCAUGUCCAAGUCCCGUCAGGCCCUGGACAAGGCUCAGUCCUCGCUCGAAGACAAACAACUGAAGAAGAGCCGACGCCCUGCAGCGGCAACUUCAGCGGCAGCGGCAGCAGCAGCGGCGGCAGCUGCCUCGUCCAGUGCAACUACAGCAACCUUGGCGCCAUUUGGGGCGAUCUGGGGCUCAUCGGUGCCCUGGUCACGCAUAUUAGCUUCCAAAUCAAUUGCACGCAUUUCCCUCUACGCCCUGCCAGUCUUAAUAGCUUUUCUGUGUAGCUUUCCACCGGCGGUGGCAGUCGAGGGAAGUUGCUGUCAGAGGAGCAAUGGUAGCCGUGGCAGCAGCAGCAGCCGCAGCAACAGCAACAGCAGCAGCAGCAACAUCAACAGCAGCAACACCAACGGUGGCAACAUCAACAGGAGCCUCCUGUCGAGCCAAUUAAGCUGCAAGAAGGCUGCUCAGCAUAGAUAACAAUUAACCAGAGAGCAAAUGAACAGUCGUGGCUGCGACAUGGCCUAAAAUCCCAUUACGUUCUUUGUAAAUAUUGCCAGUUUUUGUCACAUCAAGUAUACGCCGCGUGUGUCCGCGGCUCGCUUAACUAGUGCAUGUACAUAUCCAUAUGUUUACUGUAUUUAUAUAACACACAUUUAUUAGUGAAGCAUUCAAAUGUCGUUGUUCCUCUUUGGGCUUAUUUUGCUUGUCAGUCUUAGGGAAAAUGCUCAAAGUUGUUGGCCAUGAAAUUGCUUUAAAAACAAUAAAGCGAUCGAAUAUUCUCAAUGGUACGCAUAACUGUAUAAAUAAAUAACCUGAAGUAAGUAGCCAAAACUGUUAAACUUAAGGAAUUAACCUAAGAUUCUAAAGCUAUUUAAAUUUUAAGAUAUCAAUUAUAAACGUUCAAUCCAUAGAGGACAAAAAAACAGAUCGAUUAAGGUACUUGAUUUCAAUUAAAACUUAGAAUGUAAUUUAGCCAACAGAAUCCUAGAAUAAACUGUAAUUGGUACAAGUUUAAAAAUAUUAUCAUAAAUAAAUUAUUAUCAUAUAAAUUA